AUGGCUUCUUCUACCUCUUCUUCCUCUUCUAGAUCUGUCCAUACUAACAGUGCCUUAGUAUCUACUGGUGUUGUUGCUGCCUCUUCCGUCACAAGUGUCAGUUCUACUGCUUCUACUUCCACCAGAAGCAACUCAUCCUCUACUACCUCUAAGAAUGCUGCUCCAGGUAUGGUUGCUAACCCAAUCUCAUGGAAAUAUGGUGUCGCUUUAGGUGCUGUGCUUGCUGGUUCUUUUGUCUUAGGCUCUGGUAUUUAA